AUGCUUGUCUCUUUUAUUUUUUUAUUUUCCUUCAUAAAUUUGUUUUUUUCGUAUUCUUUGCUUACACAUUCUUUUUUUGGGUGGGAGGGGCUUUCUUUCUUUCACUCUAUUGGAUUCUUCUAUAUCUCUGUUUUUCUCAUCCCUUUCUUCGCCUCUCUCUUUAUCAACUUUCUUUUACCACUUCCUUUUCAUUCUUUUUUUUCUUUUUCUCUCCAUUUCGUUGUUUUUACUCAUGUUUUCUUUCUUUCUUCCUUUUUUCUUUCUUUCUUUCUUUCCCUUUCGUUUUUUUCUUUUUUCUCUUUGACGGACUUUAUCUUUGUUUCAUUCAUUUUUUUUCCUUUUUCUCUCCUUUCGUUGUUUUUACUCAUUUUUUCUUUCUUUCUUCCUUUUUUCUUUCUUUCUUUGUUUCCCCCGUCUUCGUGUUUUUUUUUUCUCUUUGACGGAUUUUAUCUUUCUUUCAUUCUUUUUUCUCGGGUCUUUUUACUUCCUUUGUUUCUUCCUUUUCUUCGUUUCCUUCUUUUUUGUUUAAAUAAUUCUUUUUUUCUAUUGAACUCUCUCGUUUGCUUUUUCUCCUUUUCUAUUUCUAUUAUUGUUUAUAUCUACUUUUUUCUCUUUCCCUUUCUUCUUGUGUAUUUCUCCUUUCCUCUCUCUCUCUCUCUCUCUCCCUCUCUCUCACUUUCCCUCAAUUCUUUACUUCUCUUUUUUCGUUAUAAUUUCUUUUCGAUCUCCUCUCUUUAUUUCUUCUACGUUUCUUUCUAUUCUAUAACUGUUGUCUCUCCAUCCUUUUCUUUUCUCUCAUCUUUUUCUUUCUUUCAUUCUUUCUUUUCUUCUUUCUUUCGUUCUUUCUUUUUUUCUUUCUUUCUGUCGUCCUUCCUCUCUUUCUUUCUUUCUUUCUUUCUGUCGUCCUUCCUCUCUUUCUUACUUUCUUUCUUUUUUUUCCCCCUCUUCUUUCUUCCUUUCCUCCGUUUUCUUUUUCUUUGCUUAAUUUUUUUCUCCAUUGAACACUCUCUUUUGCGCUCUCACUCACUCUCUCUCUCUCUCUCUCUCUCUCUCUCUCUCUUUAUUUAUUUAUUUCGUCCUUUCUUUCUUUCUUUUUUUUUCUUCCUUUUUUUUUCUCUUUUUCUUUCUUUCUUGCUCACGUUCUUUCUUCUUCCUCUCAGUUUUAUUUUCUUCCUUCGACCGAUUCUGCUCUUGCCUGAUUCUUUCUUUCAAGUCUUUUUUCUUUGUUUAUUUUUUUCUUUUGCACCGUUUUCAUUUUUAAAUAAAUCUUUCUCUCCCUCUCUCUCUCUCUUUUCAUUUCUCUCUCUCUCUCUCUCUUUCUCUCUCUCUAUCUCUCUUUUCCUUUCUCUCUCUCUCUUUCUCUCUCUCUAUCUCUCUUCUCCUCUCUCUGUCUCUCUCUCUGUGUCUCUCUCUCUUUUCCUUUCUCUCUCUCUGUCUCUCUCUCUUUUCCUUUCUCUCUCUCUCUCUGUCUCUCUCUGUCUCUCUCUCUCUGUCUUUCUCUCUGUCUCUCUCUGUCUCUCUCUCUUUUCCUUUCUCUCUCUCUUUCUCUCUCUCUCUCCCUCUCUCUCUGCAUCUCUCGCUUUUCCUUUCUCUCUUUCCUUUCUCUCUCUCUUUCUCUCUCUCUCUCUCUGCAUCUCUCUCUUUUCCUUUAUCUCUUUUCCUUUCUCUCUCUCUCUCUCUGUCUCUCUCUCUUUACCUUUCUCUUUCUCUCUCUCUCUGUCUCUCUCUCUGUGUCUCUCUCUCUGUGUCUCUCUCUCUUUCUCUCUCUCUUUCUCUCUCUCUCUCUUUUCCUUUCUCUCUUUUCCUUUCUCUCUCUCUCUCUGUGUCUCUCUCUCUUUUCCUUUCUCUUUCUCUCUCUCUCUCUGUGUCUUUCUCUCUGUAUCUCUCUCUCUUCUCCUUUCUCUCUCUCUUUCUCUCUCUCUUUUCCUUUCUGUCUCUCUUUUCCUCUCUCUCUCUUUUCCUUUCUCUCCCUCUUUUCCUUUCUCUCUCUUUCUUUUUCUUUCUCUCUCUCUCUGUGUCUCUUUGUCUCUCUUUUCCUUUCUCUCUCUCUUUCUUUCUUCCCUUUAA